UGUUCGUUGCUUGCCCUCUAAUGGAGGUCAUUGCCUCGCCCCCUCCCUCUCUCUCUCUGGCCGUUCUUCCAUGGAAGGCCACUGCGUCUUUGUAACAGAUACUGUUCUUAACGACGGGUGUAACCGUAAGCAAACGCUCCUCUCUUGGAAUUCACAACGACGGAGCCACUCUGGAGAGGGAAAGAGGCGUUAAGCCUCCGCCUCUUUCCCAACCAUCUUGCCCUCCUCCUCCUUCCCCACAAAACUGACCAGAAACAGCAACAACCUUUCUGUUUCAUCUCUCCCGCAUUGCUUAAAUUCAUCCCCGCUUAACCCACGUUCCAGGCAAUCCCAACAUCUUCCAAUCUCUCUUUCUUGAUGGCAAUGAAGGGAUCAGACGUAGAGUCGCAGGAGCAGCAGCAGAUGAGAAGUCCGUUGUUGGAGAAAGUAGAGGAUCAGCAACAGCAGCAAGCGGGGAGCGCUAACAGCUCAAUGCAGAAGGCAAUCAACCAGACGUUCAGGAGCACCGCCCACCUCGCAAACCUGCUGCCGACGGGAACGGUGCUGGCCUUCCAGCUGCUGUCGCCCGUCUUCACCAAUCAAGGCAGGUGCACCGACGCCAGCCGGUUCAUGGCCGCCUCCCUGCUCUCCCUCUGCGGCAUCUCCUGCUUCCUCCUCUCCUUCACCGACAGCUUCAAGCGUCCCGACGGCACCGUCCGCCACGGCAUCGCCACCCCGCGCGGUCUCUUGGUCCUCGACGGCGACGGCGACGCCGGCAGCUUGGCACCCGAAAAGGCCGCGGAGUUCAGGAUCAGGUGGAUCGACUUCGUCCACGCCUUCGCGUCCUUGCUGGUCUUUGCCGCCGUCGCGCUCCUCGAUCAGAACGUCGUCGGCUGCUUCUACCCUCUGCCGUCGGCGGAGAUGAAGGAGGUGCUCUCGUCGCUGCCCGUGGGCAUCGGGGUCUUGUGCAGCAUGCUGUUCGUCGCGUUCCCCACUAAGCGCCAUGGAAUUGGGUUCCCCUUAACACCCUCCUCAGAUUGAUGCCGUUGCGGUCUUUAAUUUCUUCUUCUUUCCUUUUCCAAUCCUGCAGCUCUGAUCGUUCGUCCUAUUCCAUUUGUUUCUGCCCUUUCUUUCAGUUUUGGAGAAGAAAUUUGUUGGUUGUUCCUCUCCUUUGCCUGUACAAACUAUCCAACAAGAAAUGAUAAUUCUUCUGUGGCUAAGGUCCACAAAAACGAUUG